UGUAACUUCUGUCCAGAGCUCUAGCUGCCCAGUGGCUGGCCUCGGCUGAACCCUUCUGGGCUGUGCGGGCGUUUGUCAACGCAAGGAUUCUCCAUCGGGUGCUCCGUCGUCACCGUUUCUUUCGAAACCGACUGGCCUGCUUCUAGCAAGUCUCUUUCAUCUUCGUUCUAGUAGACGACACCGAGCCCAGCAUCCGCGGCGUCUGCGGUUGGCAGUUUAUCAAGGGGUUGCCACACUGCACCUGUUCAAGCCACCGCUUUGAUUUCUCACGUUUAUAAAUUAUCACUUUCUGCCUGUUUUAGAGAAAUGGCUAAUGGACAGGACCGAGUAGUUGCUUUAGUAGACAUGGACUGUUUCUUUGUUCAAGUGGAACAGCGGCAAAAUCCUCAUUUGAGGAAUAAACCUUGUGCAGUUGUACAGUACAAAUCAUGGAAAGGUGGUGGAAUAAUUUCAGUGAGUUAUGAAGCACGUGCAUUUGGGGUCACGAGAAACAUGUGGGCAGAUGAUGCUAAGAAGUUAUGUCCUGAUCUUCUACUGGCACAAGUUCGUGAGUUGCGUGGAAAAGCUAACCUCACCAAGUACCGGGAAGCUAGUGUUGAAGUAAUGAAGGUAAUGUCUCAUUUUGCUGUGAUUGAACGUGGCAGUAUUGAUGAGGCUUAUGUAGACCUGACCAGUGCUGUACGAGAGAGACUACAAAAGCUACAAGGUCAGCCGAUCUCAGCAGACUUGUUGCCAACCACCUAUAUUGAAGGGUUGCCUCAAGGGUCUACAACAGCUCAAGGGACUAUUCACAAAGAGGAGAUGAGAAAACAAGGCUUAUGUCAGUGGCUAAGUUCUCUUCAAAUUGAUAACAACUCUCCAGACUUGCAUCUUACUGUGGGAGCACUGAUUGUGGAGGAAAUGAGGGCAGCCAUAGAAAGGCAGACUGGUUUUCAGUGUUCAGCUGGAAUUUCACACAACAAGGUCCUGGCAAAAUUGGCCUGUGGACUAAACAAGCCCAAUCGCCAGACUCUGGUCUCACAUGGGUCAGUCCCACAGCUCUUCCGCCAAAUGCCUAUUGGCAAAAUCCGUAGUCUUGGAGGAAAGCUUGGGGCAUCGGUCAUUGAAAUUCUGGGGGUAGAAUACAUGGGCGAACUAACCCAGUUCACUGAAUCCCAGCUUCAGAGUCAUUUUGGGGAAAAGAAUGGGUCUUGGUUGUAUGCAAUGUGUCGUGGGAUUGAACAUGAUCCAGUUAAGCCCAGGCAACUACCCAAAACCAUUGGGUGCAGCAAGAACUUCCCAGGAAAAACAGCUCUGGCUACUCAGGAACAGGUACAGUGGUGGCUUUUGCAAUUAGCCCAGGAGCUGGAAGAAAGACUAACCAAGGACCGAAAUGAUAAUGACAGGGUGGCCAUCCAGCUGGCUGUGAGCAUCCGUAUUCAAGGAGACAAACGUCUUAGCAGCCUGCGCCGCUGCUGUGCCCUCACCCACUAUGAUGCUUACAAGAUGAGCCAGGAUGCAUUUGCUGCCAUCAGGAACUGUAAUACCUCAAGAAUCCAAACUGAAUGGUCCCCUCCUCUUACAAUGCUUUUCCUCUGUGCCACCAAAUUCUCUUCUUCUACCCCAUCCUCCAGCACAGACAUCACCGUCUUCUUGAACAGUGACCCAAAUUCUCUGCCCAAGGUGCCAAUUACCAGUUCUGAAGCUAAGACUCAGCGAAGUGGCCCAGCAGUUAAAGCCACUAAGAAAGCAACCACUUCUCUGGAAUCAUUCUUCCAAAAAGCUGUAGAAAAGCAAAAAGUCAAAGAAGCUUCAAUUUCAUCUUUUACUGCUACUACCCAGGCCCCCAUAAACAAUUCACCAUCUAAGCCUUCAUUAUCUUCCCAGAGCAGCUGUACAACGGGAGCUGAGUCCUUCCCAGAAGCUGUAGAAAAGCAGAGAGUCAAAGAAUCUUCAGUUUCAUCUCUUAUUGCUACUACUCAGGCUCCCAUAAACAAUUCACCAUCUAAGCCCUUAUCUUUCCAAAGCAGUCGUACGACAGGAGCUGAGCCCUUCUUUAAGCAGAAAAGUCUGCUUUUAAAGCAAAAACAGACUAAUAGUCCUUCAAAAUUCUGUCCUCUACAAAAUGCACUGUCCAGCUCUAAAGAGUUGCCAAACUCUUUUUCAAAAGAGUAUCCAUAUCGUGCCCCUAUAUGUGAAGAGGUAUUGGAAGUAGAAUCCGCUAAAGUAACUCCUACAGAGAUGGAUUUGACCCAGGACAGCCCAAACACACUUGUUUCUGUUACUUCCAAGUCUGCUGUGGAGGUUGCUCAGAAAGAAACUACCACCCCAAGUCUUCUGACUGCUGAAGACCAGGUGCCCUGUGAGAAAUGUGGCUCUUUGGUACCUGUAUGGGACAUGCCGGAACAUACAGACUACCAUUUUGCAUUGGAGUUGCAGAAAUCCUUUUUACAAACCCACUCCUCAAAUCCCCAGGUUGUUCCUGCCAGUUCUCCUCAAAGCAAAAGAAAUCCCAAGAGCCCUUUGGCCUCGAGUAAUAAACGUCCUAGGCCUGAGGGUAUGCAGACACUGGAAUCAUUUUUUAAGCCAUUAACACACUAGUGCUGCCCUCAGGCUUGCUGCAGGGUUUAAUAUUUCCUCUCUAACCCAGGAAAUGGAAAUAUAUUGGCUUCUCAGGAAAAUUCAUAAUUUUAUGAAAUUUUUAGUAAGAAAAAUAAUCCAGUUAGGUGCUAAUUCAGGUUCUCAUCUCUUCACUAGCAUGGAUUCUAAUCCCACUGCAUAGGGAGAUAUAAAAAUUGAUCUUCCACAGAUAUAACUUCUUAGUUUUUAAUCUUUUGAAUUUAGGGAGGUAGUGUCAAAUUUUUGGGCCUUGGGGCCCAAGAGCUCUCUUACCAAACCCAGCUCUGUCUCAUUAUGAGUGUGUUGCUGGUAAAGUUGCAUUAAUACCUUAUAAAUUAUUAAUGGUUAAGAACAAUGUAUUUAAAGUAUGUAGCUCUAAGUUGUCACAGAAAAGGAAGUCAAAAAAGUUUAGGGCCCUCCCUGGUGGUGCAGCAGGUUAAAGCACAGCACUAAGAAGCUAAAGCCACUU